AUGGGUAAAGGUUCUAAAAUUCAUUGGAAAGCUUGGAAUAAUCUUUGCACUUCCAAAUUCUUUGGUGGACUCGGAUUCCGGUCUUUAGUUCAUCAUAAUCAGGCCAUGAUUGCCAAGCAGGCGUGGCGUGUUUUGUCUAAUCCUAAUUCUACUCUUGCUGCUAUUCUCAAAGCCAAGUAUUUUAAGCAUACUGGUUUCUAUGAGGCUAGGCUUGGGCAUUCCCCUUCUUUCACUUGGUCUAGUCUUCUUUGGGGUAGGGAUCUCCUUAGUCAAGGUUUGAUGUGGAAGGUUGGGAAUGGAUGUUUUAUCCGAACUUUGGAAGAUUAUUGGGUCCUUGAUUCACAAUUUCUUCAGCUCAUAGCCAGUGAUCCGCCGGCCUCCUUCGGAUAA